AUGGAGGUGGAUGCAGACGAGAAGCGCCAUCGCACACGCUCCAAAGGUGUUCGAGUUCCCGUGGAACCAGCCAUACAAGAGCUGUUCAGCUGUCCCACGCCUGGCUGUGAUGGCAGUGGUCAUGUUAGUGGCAAAUAUGCAAGACACAGAAGUGUUUAUGGCUGUCCAUUGGCAAAAAAAAGAAAAACACAAGAUAAACAACCCCAAGAGCCAGCCCCCAAAAGAAAGCCCUUUGUGGUUAAAGCAGACAACUCUUCAGUAGAUGAGUGCUAUGAAACUGAUGGAACAGAGGAAAUGGAUGAAAAAGAAGAGGAAGAAGAGGAAGAAGAUGAAGAAGAGGAGGAAUAUUCUGAUGAUAAUGAGGAGCAAGGUGAUGAGGAGGAGGAUGAUGAGGAGAUAGAUCGAGAAGAAGAAGAGGAGAUUGAGGAGGAAGAAGAGGAGGAUGAAGAGGAAGGUGAAGAUGUGGAGGAUGAAGAGGAGGAGGAAGAAGAGGAGGAGGAAGAAGAGGAGGAGGAGGAAGAACAAGACCAUCAAAUGAAUUGUCACAAUACUCGAAUAAUGCAAGACACAGAAAAAGACGAUAACAAUAAUGAUGAGUAUGAUAAUUACGAUGAACUGGUGGCCAAGUCAUUGUUAAAUCUUGGCAAAAUUGCAGAGGAUGCAGCAUACAGAGCCAGGACAGAAUCAGAAAUGAACAGCAAUACAUCUAAUAGUCUGGAAGAUGAUAGUGACAAAAAUGAAAAUAUUGGUCGGAAAAGUGAGCUGAGUUUAGAUUUAGACAGUGAUGUUGUUAGGGAAACAGUGGACUCCCUUAAAUUAUUAGCACAAGGACAUGGUGUAGUGCUUUCAGAAAAUAUUAAUGACAGAAAUUAUGCAGACAAUACUUCACAGCAAGACAAUAGGAAUAUGAACUUUGUAAUGCUAGGGAAGCCUGUGAACAAUGGACUUACAGAAAAAAUAGUGGAGGAGAGUGAUGAAGAGGUGUGUCUCAGCAGUUUGGAGUGCUUAAGGAACCAGUGUUUUGAUCUGGCUAGGAAACUCAGUGAGACAAACCCACAGGAAAGAAAUCAACAGCAAAACAUGAACACUCGCCAGCAUGUCAGGCAAGAAGAUGACUUCCAAGGAAGAACACCAGACCGGAAUUACUCUGAUAUGAUGAACCUAAUGAGGCUUGAAGAACAGUUGAGCCCCAGAUCUAGGACUUUUUCUAGCUGUGCCAAGGAGGAUGGUUGUCAUGAAAGAGACGAUGAUACCACCUCUAUUACUUCAGAUAGGUCUGAAGAAGUGUUUGAUAUGACAAAAGGUAACUUAACCCUGCUUGAGAAAGCAAUUGCUUUGGAAACUGAGAGAGCAAAAGCCAUGAGAGAAAAAAUGGCAGUGGAAGCUGGAAGGAGGGAUAAUAUGAGAUCAUUUGAGGAACAGUCUCCAAGACAUCUUUCUGGAGAUGACAGGAAGCCUAAACCAAGUGACGGCCAUGUCAAAAAGCCAUAUUAUGGUAAAGAUCCCUCAAGAACAGAAAAGAAAGAGAGCAAAUGUCCUACCCCUGGGUGUGAUGGAACUGGCCAUGUAACGGGGCUUUACCCCCAUCACCGCAGUUUGUCAGGAUGCCCACACAAAGAUAGGGUCCCUCCAGAAAUUCUUGCCAUGCAUGAAAAUGUUCUUAAGUGUCCUACACCAGGCUGCACAGGCCGGGGCCACGUAAAUAGCAACAGGAAUUCCCACCGAAGCCUCUCUGGAUGUCCUAUUGCUGCAGCAGAGAAACUGGCUAAAGCUCAAGAGAAGCAUCAGAACUGUGAUGUGUCAAAAUCAAACCAGGCAUCAGAUCGGGUUUUAAGGCCCAUGUGCUUUGUUAAGCAAUUGGAGAUCCCUCAGUAUGGCUACAGAAACAAUGUCCCCACCACCACACCCCGCUCCAACUUGGCCAAGGAACUAGAGAAAUACUCUAAGACUUCGUUUGAAUAUAACAGUUAUGACAACCAUGCCUAUGGCAAGAGAGCCAUAGCUCCCAAGGUGCAAUCCAGGGAUAUAUCCCCCAAAGGAUAUGAUGCUAAACGCUACUGUAAGAAUUCAAGUCCAACCAGCAGCACAACAAGCAGUUAUGCCCCUAGCAGCAGCAGCAAUAUGAGUUGUGGUGGAGGCAGCAGUGCCAGCAGUACCUGCAGCAAGAGCAGCUUUGACUAUACUCAUGACAUGGAGGCAGCACACAUGGCUGCUACUGCUAUUCUGAAUCUCUCCACCCGCUGCAGGGAGAUGCCUCAGAACCUCUCUACAAAGCCUCAGGAUCUCUGUGCAAGGAAUCCUGAUAUGGAAGUCGAUGAAAAUGGGACGUUGGAUCUGAGCAUGAACAAGCAGAGGCAGCGAGAUGGUUGCUGCACCAUUUUGACCCCACUGGAGCCAAUGUCCCCUCAACGGCAAGCCGUGAUGAACAACCGGUGUUACCAGCUGAACGAGGGUGACUGCUGGGACUUGCCAGUGGACUACACUAAAAUGAAGCCAAGUAGGAUAGAUGAAGAUGAUUCCAAAGAGAUUAAUCCGGAAGAUUUGGAUCCUUUCCAAGAGGCACUUGAAGAAAGAAGGUAUCCUGGUGAAGUUACAAUCCCAAGCCCUAAACCCAAAUACCCUCAAUGCAAAGAGAGCAAAAAGGAUUUAAUAACUUUAUCUGGCUGUCCCUUGGCUGACAAAAGCAUUCGGAGUAUGCUGGCCACAAGCUCACAAGAACUCAAGUGUCCCACCCCUGGGUGUGAUGGCUCUGGGCAUAUUACUGGAAAUUAUGCUUCUCAUCGAAGUCUUUCAGGCUGUCCGCGAGCAAAGAAAAGUGGAAUCAGGAUAGCACAAAGCAAGGAAGACAAAGAAGACCAAGAGCCAAUUAGAUGUCCAGUUCCUGGCUGUGAUGGUCAGGGUCAUAUAACUGGAAAAUACGCGUCCCAUCGCAGUGCAUCAGGGUGUCCUCUUGCUGCCAAAAGGCAAAAGGACGGGUACCUAAAUGGCUCACAGUUCUCUUGGAAGUCAGUGAAGACGGAAGGAAUGUCAUGUCCAACACCAGGAUGUGAUGGCUCAGGACAUGUCAGUGGUAGUUUUCUUACUCAUCGUAGUUUAUCAGGAUGCCCCAGAGCUACUUCAGCAAUGAAGAAAGCAAAGCUGUCUGGAGAACAAAUGCUAACAAUAAAGCAGCGGGCCAGUAAUGGUAUAGAAAAUGAUGAAGAAAUUAAACAGUUAGAUGAAGAAAUCAAAGAACUAAAUGAAUCCAACUCCCAGAUGGAAGCUGAUAUGAUUAAACUCAGAACUCAGAUUACCACAAUGGAGAGCAACCUGAAGACGAUAGAAGAGGAGAACAAAGUAAUUGAACAGCAAAAUGAGUCUCUUCUUCAUGAAUUGGCCAAUUUAAGCCAGUCUUUAAUUCAUAGUCUAGCUAAUAUCCAGCUGCCACAUAUGGAACCAAUCAAUGAACAAAAUUUUGAUGCUUACGUGACCACUUUGACGGACAUGUAUACAAAUCAAGAUCGUUAUCAGAGUCCAGAAAAUAAAGCCCUACUGGAAAAUAUAAAGCAGGCUGUGAGAGGAAUUCAGGUCUGA